GCUGGGCGAAACUCUGGAGCCGGAGGCGAAUGUACCGACAAACACAAAAUCUGAGCUAAGGACAGACAGAACCGGGCCGUCAGUUUUACCUCGGCCUGCUUUGGAAGGCGGUUGACGAUGGAACCCAACAGUGAGACCAAGAAGAUGACGUCUUACCUCCCUGCGAACCCCUCCCCUGAGGCCCAGAAACUGGCCUCACCCAGAGGCCCAGGCUGCAGCUGGCUGGUGGUAGUAGCGGCCGUGGCGGCCUCUCUCAGCGGCCUGAUGCUGGGCUAUGAGAUGGGCCUGACCUCGGGAGUCCUGCUGCAGCUGCGGGGCCUCCUCUCCCUCUCCUGCCGGCAACAGGAACUGCUGGUCAGCUCCCACCUGCUCGGCGCUCUCCUCAUCUGCCUGGCCGGAGGUCCCAUUCUGGACCGCUACGGCCGCCGCUGCUCUUUGCUCCUGAGCGCCGCCAUGGUGGUCGGCGGGAGCGUCGUGCUCAUCGCCAUCACCUCGCUUAUUGCACUCACGCUGGGCCGGGUGGUAGUCGGCAUGGGAACGGCGCUGUCUGGGACAGGAGCAUGUCUGUACAUAGCGGAGAUUUCACCGAGGGAAAGGAGGGGUCUGUUGGUGACGCUGUACGAGCUGAUGUUGGUUGUGGGUGUAAUGCUUGGAUUCAGCUGUAGCUACGCCUUUGCCACUCUGCCCCACGGCUGGGCGUAUACAUUUGGACUAGUAAUCCCCCCGGCACUGCUGCAGAUCAGCGUCCUCCUGUUCCUCCCACCCAGCCCACGCUUCCUGGUUGCACAGGGCAAAGUGGAGCAGGCCAGGAUAGUGCUGGUCAGAAUGAGAGGUGGAGUUGGGGAGCAUGUGGAAAUGGAGCUCAGAGACAUCCAGUCAGGACUGAAAGAGGAAUCAGAGCAUAGUUUCUGGGAGUUGUUCAGCGCCAAGGCUAACUUGCGUUCGCGGCUGCUAACAGGUGUGGCCUUAGUCUUCCUUCAGCAGGCGACUGGCCAGCCCAACAUCCUCUCCUACGCCUCGCCACUUCUCCGCAGUGUAGGCUUCAACAGUGACGCCGCGGCAACCUUGGCCUCCACAGGGUUCGGAGUGGUCAAAGUCGUCGGCACCAUCCCUGCCGUGCUGUUGGUCGACCGCGUGGGACCCAAGAGCUUUCUGUGCGUGGGCGCCGUCGCCAUGGGAAUGUCGCUCGUUGCACUCGGCGCAUUGACGCUGCAAAGCCACACUCACCUCACCAGCCUGUGUAAAAGUCAGACGAUACUAAACCACACACACACGCCGUGGGAUUUAAACAGAACCACGAUAGAUGUUGACAACAGUGCCAUUUUUUCUACUGGCCUCCCCAGCCAGUGGAACAGUAAGGAGGCACUGGUGACUAACAGAGAGGAUGAUGGGAUUGGGGAGCCGGGAGGAGAAAAGACUUUUUUAGAAGUGUCUUCUUCGCUGAAGCUGGCAUCAUUGAUCAGCUUGCUGGUGUAUGUGGCGGCCUUCUCUAUUAGCCUCGGGCCAAUGGUGUAUGUGGUCCUCAGUGAGAUCUUUCCAAUGGGAGUCAGGGGCAGGGCUGUGUCUGUGGUGUCGGCUGUAAACUGGGCCACAAACCUGCUCAUCUCCAUGACCUUCCUCACAUUUACAGAAAAGAUUGGUGUUCCCAAUGUGAUGUUCCUCUACGCCGCCAUGAGCUUUGUUCUCCUGGUGUUUGUCAUCCUCUGUGUCCCUGAGACCAAAGGUCGCACGCUGGAGGAGAUAUCAAAAGAACUGGCUAAGAAGAAGCAUUUUGAGGUGAGGAUCUGUAGGCAGGUCCAGCCUCAGGAAAGCCUGAUCAGCAGCAGCACGUCCACAGAGAUCCCAGUAAAUGUUUGACUCCUUGAACGGACCACAACUGUACACCUCACCUGAUUGGGAUUCAAGAGCGAGGACCCUGACGGAUAAUAUGUUAGCGCUGUUCAGAGUUUGGGGUACAACUUGUACACCUCACCCACAUGGGUGCAUCCCUGCAGUUCCAGCUGCCUCCUAUAAUUAUGUGUUUGUUGUUUAGUUCCUUUCAGCUACAUGCUGUGUGUGGAGGAAGAAAACAGCAGGGAUGGUGGAAAUUACACCUACAGUACAGGAAAGAAUUCAGUAAGGAUUUGUGAAUGUGCCAGAUGAGGACAGCGCAGGGUUCACUCUCGCUUGCUAAAGGGCAGUAAAGAAAUGUCAGCAGUGGGGAUUAAAUAUGUGAUUAUGUGAAAUAUACAUAAUAUUUAAUUCCUUCUUUUACCUCUUCCCUAUUUAAGAAUACAGCUCAAAUCAUGCAGAAAGGGACAUUUCCUCUUAACUCCAGUACAGCUGAUGAAGAGUGCUAAAAACUGUAGUAGUAGUCUUUCAGUUUUUUCCAUAUGACCUGACAUUGUGAUGAACACAUACAAAAGAUUGGCUCUUGUGGGUAAUCAUGGGGAAAUCAAAGAUGUGCUAAAAAAUUAGACACUAAUCACUUUAAAUGUCUUUGUAUGUAAAGUUCUUUGGUUAUUUGCUGGAUUGCAAAUGAAGUCCUAAAACAUGACAUUGUUCAUAUGCUGCUUCCUGUUGUAUGUGAUGUAAUAACACUCCGUGGCUCAAAGCAGUCAUGCCGGUUAUGAUACAGGACACACUGUAAACAGAAAUGCAUCUCCUCUUUUCUAUUUUGGGGGAACAAGCAAUCAAGAAAAUGGUAAUGGAUCAACACACUUGGCUGCACUUUAUGCUGCUGAAUCCUCAAAAACGAGCAACUAAGAAAAAAAUACUACACCGAUCAGGUGGUAAUAUCAUGUAGAUUAAAAAAAACAACUAGUACUGUUGUAGUGUAAGAUGUGUGAUAAGUGAUUCAAGAGUAUUUUUUAUUUUUUACUUGUGUCAGUGAUGCCAAAAUUAUACUAUAUAAGUGGAUUAAUAAGAUGAAUGUUUUACUGCAUGAAUGAAUGACUCGUGUGGAUCUGUUCAGUUUAAAUUGCAUUUUUAAAUCUGUGCUAUGAUAGGUAUUCUUUGGUGUUUAUGUAGAAACUGUAUUUCAGAGUCUGUCACGCUGACGAUCUUCACUCCACCUGUAAUCGUGACAUGCAUACACAUAAAGAAAGGAAAUGAUGUAAAUGGGAGUGAAGCACAGUAGUCCUGUUGUGGCCUCUUUUAUCAUUAACCUUUAUUUUUAUACAAAAUACAAAAUUCUGAAAGUGUCUCAAAUCUCCAGUUUCAGCUAGUCCAUCCCACAUACUUGAGACGUGUCAACGUUUUUGUGAACAUCUUUUCCAUCAGAUGCCUUUAUUAUAUACAUACAUAUACGUUGCCUCUCACUAGGUUUGUUUUUAUUUUUUUAGUUUAAGAGAACAGUAUUCUACAAAGGGUUUGUUUUUCAGACGAUUCAGGUACUGGCUGAUGUUGGAAGCCUCUUCGAAAAACCAUUCAUGGUCUUAUGCUGCUUCAAAAACUGACAUGAAGUGUAUCGUGAAACCUCUCAACGGGUGACAAUGCUAAGCUAACCGCUAUCAAUUGUGGACAGUGUUUUAAAAACUUUUUAUUCCUCUACCUGCUAAAAAGCUCAUUUUGAAUAUCUUGCCUUGUCUCAGUACCACUAAUCAGCAUUUUUUUUAGUGUGAGAGUGA